AGAGCAAGACCCCGAGUGGGGCAGAUCUGCGAGCUCACGCCCCCUGCCCUCCUCCGCCGGGCCCUGGACCCGAUCCUCAGAGCUCAGGGGCCAGGGGCGAGGGGCGCGUGUCCUGAGACCACCCUUCCGCCCCUUGCCGACCCGGAGCGGCCGCUGCUUCCCUUACUGGACACUGUCCGCAGUGGGCGGGAGUGGGCAGAAUGGAAGACUGGGCUUCUAAGGGGUAAAAAGAUGCAUUACAAGGUUUCAGCAGGACACUGGAAAGACCUCUCAUGAAGGCCCUGUGAUUGAUGGAGAGCUGUAGGAUGGAGGACCGGCAACAAGCCGUGUGUUACAACUUGAUGGCGGGGGUUCCCUAGGGGAGCCCUCCCAGCCUCCUAACAGCAGCUGGUCCCAAAGCCCAAAUGGGAGCAGUGCCGAGGCUGCCUCAGCCGUGAACCUCACCUUCUCCUCCUACUACCAGCACUCCUCGCCGGUGGCGGCCAUGUUCAUUGUGGCCUACGUGCUCAUCUUCCUUCUCUGCAUGGUGGGCAACGCCCUGGUCUGCUUCGUUGUGCUCAGGAACCGGCACAUGCGCACUGUCACCAACACGUUCAUCCUCAACCUGGCUGUCAGCGACCUGCUGGUGGGCAUCUUCUGCAUGCCCACCACCCUCGUGGACAACCUCAUCACAGGGUGGCCCUUUGACAACGCCACAUGCAAGAUGAGCGGCUUGGUGCAGGGCAUGUCUGUGUCAGCUUCUGUUUUCACCCUGGUGGCCAUCGCUGUGGAAAGGUUCCGCUGCAUCGUGCACCCUUUCCGCGAGAAGCUGACCCUCCGGAAGGCGCUGGUCACCAUCGCGGUCAUCUGGACGCUGGCCCUGCUCAUCAUGUGCCCCUCGGCCAUCACGCUGACCGUCACGCGCGAGGAGCACCACUUCAUGCUGGACGCGCGCAACCGCUCCUACCCGCUGUACUCGUGCUGGGAGGCGUGGCCCGAGAAGGGCAUGCACAAGGUCUACACCGCCGUGCUCUUCUCGCACAUCUACCUGGCGCCCCUGGCCCUCAUCGUGGUCAUGUACGCCCGCAUCGCCCGCAAGCUCUUCCAGGCCUCGGGCCCCGUCCGGGCCGGCGAGGAGGCGGCCGCCGGGGGCCGGCGGGCGUCCGGGCGCAAGGCCAGGGUGGUGCACAUGCUGGUCAUGGUGGCGCUGUUCUUCUCGCUGUCCUGGCUGCCGCUGUGGUCGCUCCUGCUCCUCAUCGACUACGGGCGGCUCAGCGAGCCGCAGCUGCACCUGGUCAGCGUCUACGCCUUCCCCUUCGCCCACUGGCUGGCCUUCUUCAACAGCAGCGCCAACCCCGUCAUCUACGGCUACUUCAACGAGAACUUCCGCCGCGGCUUUCAGGCGGCCUUCCGCGCGCGGCUCUGCCCGCCGCAGUGGGGGCGCCACCGGGAGGCCUACUCGGAGAGGCCCAGUGGGCUCCUGCGCCGCCGGGUCUUCGUGGAGGUGCAGCCCAGCGACUCGGGCCUGCCCUCCGAGUCCGGGCCCAGCAGCGGAGCGCCCCGGCCUGGCCGCCUCCCGCAGCGGGAUGGGCGGGUGGCUCACCGUGGCUUGGCCCGGGAGGGCCCUGGCUGCUCCCACCUGCCCCUCACCAUACCAGCCUGGGAUAUGUGAGGUGUCCAGCCAGGGCAGGCCCCGUGCCUGAGCAGCUAAUGGAACGUGAGCCUGGGCAGAUGGCGGCCUGGCAUGGUGUUAGGAGAGGGUGCAGAGGUUCCUCUUAAAAUCCAGGUAGUAGGCAGCUGCGGUGAUGCCUUCUCCACUUCAUCCCCUCAGAUGGAGGCACAUGAGGAGAAAGGAGCUAACAUUCGCUGAAAUCCUUCUAUGGGGUACACUUGACAAAGAUCGUCUCAUUUAAUUCUCACAGCCAUUUGGAAAUAGGUUUUCUUAUUCCCAUUCUACAGAUGAGAGAGCUGAAGCCUGGAGAAGCCCAAUGACUAGCACAAGGUCUCCAGCUGGAAUCUCCACUGAGCCUGUGUGACUCCAGUGCCCAUCUCCAAAGAGCCCCUUAAGGUGUGCACAGAGAAAGAGUAUAAAUCCUAAUUAGGCAGCUGGGAAGAGGUGAAAUACAAAGCUGGCCUGUCCAUUUGAUGCUUUCACUCAUGUCCUGAAGUCCCUUAUGUUCUAUUACUGAAGCCACCAUGGACCCCUCCUGCUGACUCUAAUGUGUUGGUUUGUCUUGUUUGUUCCAAGAAGUGUCCAAGGCCAUGCUCUUCCCCAAAGCACCACAAUAGGACAUCACAACCGAGCAGCUGCAGAUCAAACCCUCCAGAGCCAGUUGCGGGGUG